CUCACCUUAAACAGCCAUGGAAAAGGGAGAAAGCUCUACUCCUAAACUUCCCGAAGACGAAGUAUGGGCCAAACUCAUACCGACGGACUCUCGCUAUUCAGAAAUUGAGUUAAGGUUGAAGGAGACAGUCAUAUGCAGUGAAGUAAAGAAUUCUUCUUCUGAAAAGCAAGAUUGGUGUAAAAUAACAAGGAAUGUGGAUCUAGAUUCUGCCAUGAUGCAAAUUAGAAGUUCGAAAGAAAUUCUUGUUGAUGAGACGGUUGUUCAGGAAGAGCAUGCUGUUGUAAUUAAGUGUGGCAGUGAAAUUUCACUGGGUCCCAGUGAUGAAGGUUAUGUGAAAUACCGAUUCGAAAUAAUGCCUACUGAGGAAUCUCGCAGAUAUAUACAGAUUUCUCUCGAUGUCGAGUAUGCAAAAUGCUGUAUCUGCUUGAACAUCUGGCAUGAUGUUGUCACAGCUGCACCUUGCCUUCACAAUUUCUGUAAUGGAUGCUUUUCAGAGUGGUUAAGGAGGUCCCAAGAGAGGCGUUCAAGUGUUUUAUGUCCCCAUUGCAGAGCAGUUGUACAUUUUGUUGGAAGGAACCAUUUUUUGCAUAACAUUGAGGAAGAUAUACUGCUUGCUGAUCCUUCUUUGAAACGCUCGAGUGAAGAUAUUGUGCUGCUUGAUUCCAAUGCAUCAAUAAAGUCACCACUUGUCCUCAGCAGUAGAAAAAGUCGCAGGAAGAGGGAACGUUCUCCAUCAGAUGCAGCAGAUAGGUGGGAGCAUUCAUGCCCUCAGUGUGACACUGAAUAUGGAGGUUAUCAGUGCAAUGAAAGCACAGUUCAUCUUCAAUGUCAAGCAUGUGGAGGAAUGAUGCCCUCUCGAUCAAACGUUGGAGUGCAACAACACUGUUUGGGAUGUGAUCGAGCAUUUUGUGCUGCUUAUUGGCAUUCGCAGGGAGUUAAUGGAAGCAACUCACAUCCACUCUGCAGUCCUGAAACGUUCAAGCCUAUUGCAGAACGUACAGUUUCUAGAAUCCCCUCCUUGGCACAUGAGAAGAAUCAUUAUGAACAAAAUAUCACUGAAAGAUGCAUUAGACAGAUGGGAAGGUCGUUGCAAGAUGUGGUAGCUGAAUGGAUUUUGAAGUUUGAUAAGCGGGAGAUAGAUCGCACAAGAAUGCCAUUGAAUCAUGCCGAGAUGAUAACUUCUCGUACGCCUACUUGUAGUGAGUGCUAUGACAAGUUAGUCUCAUUCCUUUUGUAUUGGUUCAGAGUUACACUGAUAAGCCAUCAUUUAGCUCCAGAGGAUGCUCAAAGGCAAGACUGUUGGUAUGGAUAUGCUUGUCGUACACAGCACCAUAACCAAGAACAUGCUCGGAAGAGAAAUCAUGUCUGCCGGCCGACGAGGGGUAAUCAUGUGUAGAACUGUCUGCUUCCAUUCUGUUUUUGUGAUUUUCAUCUAUGAUCAACUAUAAACAUCUAAUGUUUUCCUGUUCUUCCUUUUACUGUUCAUAUG